UCGGACUUGCUGUGGGUCUUCAGCGUUCAUUGUCUCAUGUAGAAAAGCUGCCAGCUGUAAUUCCACUCUCAUUUAAUGUAGAUGGCCUCCCCUUGUCAAAGAGCUCCAAAAUGCAACUGUGGCCCAUACAGUGCUUACCCCGUGGUUGCGGCAAUGUGCCCCCAUUUGUUGUGGGUGCGUUUGCUGGACAGUCUAAGCCAUCCUCGUCUAAUGAUUUCCUGAGGCCUUUUGUUCGAGAGCUGCAAACUUUGCUUGUGCAAGGUGUGAAUAUCAAUGGCGACACUGUGCAGGUGACAGUUGCCUCGGUCAUCUGUGAUGCUCCAGCGCGAGCUUUCGUUACUAUGACAAAAGGCCAUGGAGGGUACAGUGGUUGCGCAAAGUGUACAGUCGAGGGAUCUUACAUCAAUGGAAAAGUAGUAUUUUGCGACAUGGACUGUCCGUUACGAACGGAUGAGAGUUUCAGGGAGCAGCAUGAUGUUGAACAUCACAAGGGAGAAUCUUGCCUGUUGGACCUGCCCAUUGACAUUGUAAAUGACCUCCCACUUGAUUACAUGCAUCUUGCAUUACUGGGUGUCAUGCGGAAAUUGCUCCAGUUGUGGAUUUCUGGACCACUGCGGGUUCGUUUGGGACCUCUGGAUAGGCACACAUUCAAUGAGAAGAGCAAGCUGCUAAAUCCUCACAUCCCUAGUGAAUUUCCCCGUAGGCCACGCGGACUCGAUGAGCUCGACCGCUGGAAGGCGGUUGAGUUCCGACUUUUUGUAUUCUACACAGGCCCGUUGCUUCUCAAGUUCUGCCUUCGAGAUGAUCUAUACCAGCACUUUUUGCUGCUCCAUGCGUCGUUAUCUAUACUUGCAAACAAGGAGCUGUGUCGUGAGCAUGCUGGUUAUGCCGAUGAGCUCUUGAGAUGCUUUGUUUCACAUUUCCGCGAAUUGUAUGGUGACGAGCAUGUUUCUUUCAACGUGCACAGCCUCAUACAUCUUGCUUCUGAUGUUAAAAUACAUGGAGAGCUAGACUCCUUCAGUGCCUUCCCAUUUGAGAACAACAUGCAGGUGCUCAAGAGGCAGUUGCGCAAGCAUGGAAAACCCUUGGAGCAGCUGCGCAACAUGAUGGUAGAGAGCCAGUCUUGGACACGCAGACAGACAUGGGAUGAAAUUCCUGUACAUUUUAGCCGUCCUCACAGUCGAGGAGAACUGCUGCCGGAAUGCUGCCCUCCUGAAUAUGAAAGGCUGUCAUGGGAUGCAUAUACAAUUGCAUUGUCUAAAAGAGACAACUGCUUUGCACAGGAUGGCCAUGUUGUUCUGGCAAAAAACAUAGCCUAUAUCAGAGGGUCUAAGCAGCCAUGCAUAAUUGGCCAAGAGUUUCUCAUCAAGGAAGAUUUCUAUUCUUUACCCUUUGAGUCUUCCAGAAUGGGCAUUUAUGUUGUAUCAGGGCUAUCGGGCCUGAAGCCUUGGUCCCUGCACAACCUCCAAAAAAUGGUGAAGCUGCCACUGAAUGGAAAGUUUCUGGUUAUUCCAGAGCUUCACACAAUUUAAAGGCCUAGAUUUAGCUAGCAUUCGCAGAAACUUCAAAUAAUAUCUGCAAAUUUAUAGAGGUUGGUGUAGUGCAGUUUAAUAAUCCUGAAGUUUUUGCAGCCCUUAGUGGAUUACCUUACGUAACGUUUAGUUAUUUGUGAAACAUGCAGUGAAAAGGAGGGUAACAGUGAGCAAUGAAAGAAAUAAGCCUCAAAUAAUCCUGUAAUUAACCCGUGCACACUCACUGUAGGGCAGUUCACCGCACAGUCCUAUUCUGCUCAACCAUAUUUCCACAGAUGGCUUAUGUGAUCGCUGAGUUCGUUGAGGACAAACAGGUGGAGGUGGUGCCAGUGACAUGGGUGGAGGGUGACAAGUGUGCGUGGCCCGACAACCUCAAAGGCAACAGAGUGACAUCCUUAGUAAAGAAAUCUGUACCACCAGACACCUUCUGGAAGUGCUACAGCGUAGCAGUGAAAGGGGUAUUUGCAACAUAUGAACAAGCAAGGGCCAAACUUAAUGACAGCCAGUAUACAUCAGACCUGGGCACAGGAUCGGAAAUGUCUCAAGGAAAAAGGACAAGGAGGCCACCAGCUCAGUGGUCUGACUCGGAUGAGCCUGACACACCACCGCCACCCAAAAAGGCCAAGCAAAGCUCCAGCAAGCAAAUUCCAGCUCCACCAAGCAACUUCCCACUAGAUGUGAAUGACAUGCCGCAAGGUGGUGCAGGUGGCCCUAGUUCACACAGUGCAGAUGGCUCCAGAUCACACACUGCAGGUGGCUCUAGCUCACACAGUGACCAACGGACUUGUGUACCCUCAGGUUCCCCUGACGAACUUUCAAACAAUAUUGCUGCAAGACGGAUGACAGAAGGCAGCACUAACGAUAUUGAAGACACCAUCAAAUCGUGGCUAAGGCAUGCUCCAGAAAGGGCCAGCAGCCAUAAGAAGCCAAGCGCUGAGGUCUGCCUGCCUCAAGAAUAAGUGGAGGCCAUUCCAUUGUAAAGCACUGCAGCUAUGACCUGAAGACUGCACAGGCAUCAGAGGCUGCUUGGUUGUGGGCGUGUGCAUCUGGUGGAACUUAGGGGAUCUGCUGGGCUACGCCAAGGCAUGUUUCGUGGACUAGAGGCAGCUACUCAGGGAUUUUUUUUUUAACUUUGCACAGUGCAAUUGCAGAAUUUUUUUUCAUGCAUUGGAAGGAUUCUGCCUGUCAUCUGCAUUGUCAAAUCACUUGCAAAGUCAUGCUCUUGCUAGGCUCCAUCAAUAUGGUUUUGUGCAGAAUUUGUGUGCGAGAACUUUUUAUUGUUUUUGUUUUUUAAUGUCAUGGCAGUCUUCUGUAUUGGUGAAAUUGCUACCAUUGCAAAGCCAUGGUUUUCUGAAAUGCUGUUAUUCUGCUACUGUACAAAACUUGUGUGCGAAAUACUUACAUUAGACGCAAGAUCUUUUUUACCUCAA